AUGUUUAUCUCAAGGGUGGCCCCUCACCUAAGUCUGCUUUGCAGAGGAACUGCUCAGAAUCUCCGCUGUAAGAACAUGCUGGAGAUCUGGUGGCGGAAGAUGAACAGGCACAAGUACAAGAAGCUGCUGAAACGCACCAAGUUCCUGAGGAGGAGAGUGUUGGACGGCAGGAGGGAAAAGAAUCAGAAACGCUUUGAGAAGGAUCUUCAGAGGAUCUGGAUGCGAGCUGGACUGAAGAAAUCCCAAGAGGAAUGGAAUACACUGAGGAUCUUCAACAAACAAUCUAAAGUCUCAGACAGAUUGAAGAGUACAGACUGAAUGUUUCUGGCACACUGUUGACUGACAGGAAUCACAUGCUUCUCAUCAGCCUGCUCUCCUCUCUGCUACAUGAAAUAAGAUGUUAGUGAUGUGGACAUUUUCCAGUUGUGUUCUGCCCUCUCCUGUUAAGUGUGAUGGUUGU